GCGUCAUCUUUGGGGGUCCCUUCUCAAGUUCGGACCAUUCCAUUUAGACCUGGGCACCGUUCUUUGGCAGGACACGUCACCGUCGAGAGAGAACAUCGGGGACUCAGCUCCUAUCAACACAAAUAAAACAAAAUGCCUGGACCAGCAGUAAGUGCAACCAGUGUGGGGGCAUCCAGCCGUUCCCCCAGUAAGACUGUGGCCCCCCGUACAGCAGGCUCCACAGUCAGACAGAGGAAAGCAACGAGCAGCGGUACCCGCAGUGGUGGCAGGACCACUGGAUCGGCUGGUACCGGGGGAAUGUGGCGCUUUUACACCGAGGACUCGCCGGGUCUCAAAGUUGGCCCAGUGCCAGUGCUGGUGAUGAGUCUGCUCUUCAUUGCCUCCGUCUUCAUGCUUCACAUCUGGGGUAAAUACACUCGCUCUUAAGCCCCAGCCUGACAACUUGUGACCCCGCACCUCGCCAUCUUAACACAUCGGACCAGGACCAAACCCCAGAUGACCCCCUCCGGCUUUGCCACGCGAGCAUGUAAAAAUGGAUUUUUAUGGAAGACGUUUUCUGCACUCGCGCUGUCAUUCAGGUGCCAGUUUGUUUCCAAUGCAAGGCAAAUGCUCAGUGCAGCGCUCAAGGACAAUUCAGUUGACUCCAGGCAACCCAAAAUGGCUUAAUCACUUUUUUUCGGUGAGCAGCAUUUUUAUGGGCUGGGGAUAGGUUUACUGAACUAAACUUAUGUUGAUU